CGAGGGAGUUUCCUUCACUCAGCGGACAGCUCUGAGCUCAGAGAAGGCAGCAGACAGCUCUCUCACUCUCUCUUCUCUCUCUGGUUAUUUCUGCAACUCAUCCCUCGUUGCGCUGCGACUAGCGACCUGCACACACAAAGGCUGAUCCAAGACAAGCCAGGGGUGGGGGGGAGCAACAGCAGCAGCACAACCACCACCUGCAUAACCCUCCACCACCACCCUCCCUCCAUCUAAACGGCCCAAGACCUUAUCUCUGCUGCUGUCGCUACCACCACCUCAUCAUGUGCGACUGUUUCCGCCUGGUUUUCUCCAACUGGCAUGCCCCCUCCUCGGGGACGGAAAAGCAACAGGCCGGUACCUGUUGUGACAACGUUGUGGCUCAGAACAAUUCCAACAGGAACGAGGAACAACACCUGCAGAGUGAAGAACAGAUCCGUCAGCAACUAACUGAACUUCUAGGUGUGGCCCCAGAUGCCGACAACAUACAAAGAUAUGUGUCCCAGCGCUUCCCAAAGCCACCGGUAGAUGUGGACCAGAACCUCCCUCAGCACCUGUUAAAUGUGCAGGAAACUAUGCACAAAGACCUUGUAAAGCUGGGUCCCCUGUUUAAACCAAUGGGGUUGAUGGGAUGUCUGAUUGAAAGCUACCAUCGUCAGACAUUUGAACACCUCGAUGAUCUACUCAACAAAAUCAGCUCCUCCAAGAAUUGCUUUGCGCUGAUGAUGUGGCUCCGAGAUACAUAUCUGAGUCAGGAGCUAUGUGAUCGGUCUGACCUGCAAGAAAUGGAUCCCAUGAAAACAGUUGACAUACUGCUGUUCACAGAGUGUGCAGCAAAAGCAAAGGACAAACUGCUGGAACAUGUGAAGACAGAGGUCAGAGGGAUCCUUGAGGGAAUCCUGCAGCAUGAGAGAAGCAAAGAAGCUUACAAUGAACUUAAUCUGGACACUAUUCAGUGCAUUGAUGCCAUGCACAGAACAGCACAAAACAGCAGCCAAAAACUCUCUGACUACGUGCAGGAGGUUUGUUUCCAAGAGCUGGGGAUGUUUCUGAAGAGCUACACCACUAUGCAGAUUGAGAUUCUUGAAGAGAAAGCAAAAAUGGACAAACCAGAAACAAAACACUUCUUUAAGACUUUGAACAACUGUAAUAAACUCGAGCAGUAUGUCCAGACCAAAGCUAAAGGCAUCCUUCUCAAGGAAACCAAAGACCAUAGCCUCUUUGAGGAAACCAUGGCAACGCUUAGAAACAUGGAGGAUUUUACUUUGGAUCUUCUGAUGAAAGUCGUAGCUAACACUGCAAAGAGCCACCUUAAGAGAUACUUCAAAUCAGACAGCAAGGAAUUCUCUCUCCUAAUCGACGAAGUAAAGAGUCUUUUCUCUGAGCUGUCAUGCUGUCAGGAUAUAGGCCUACAAAAGAGAGUGAUAGACGAGGCCUACAAGCUCAUCGUUCACUAUUACCUGAAAUAUCUUAUCAAAAUCAAAGAGAGCAAACUGAGAAAGUGCGGGAGUCCAAAUGUUGGACAAACAGUCGCUAAGGAUGCAGAGAUUCUUCACGACACCUUCUCUGCCCUGGCUCCUGGUGUCCGACAGUGGAACCUCAUGCUGCUGAAAGUCAAAGAACUGUUGGAGUGUGAAAGCAUCGAUGCGACAAAGCUGACAGUUGGAAGCAUGCAGACAGAGUGUUGCACAUGGAGCGAGGACAGGAAACUCCUGCCCGAACUGCUGAAAUGGAAAGGUCUCUCUGGACGGGAGUUAACGGAGGUGCUGAAGGUCCUGGAGGACCUCCCUAGAUAAGUUAUGAAGUUAUGAACUAUGGAUCUAUGAGACUGAACGAUGACCACCACGGUCUUACCUUGAAUGAUGCAAUCCUUCAACCCAUGGGGACGUGCACAGAGACAUUUGGAAGGGCUAUUGCUCUAAUCUAGAAAAAAGGCACCCCCCCCCUCCCCCCACUCCAUUCAACCUUCAAAGAUGGAGAUGUCUACAAAGGAAACAUUAUAAUUCUGAAUAAGUUCUACAGUUAGGCCUGUCACGAUAAAAAAUUUC